AUGACUGCUGAGCUGUCGUCGGUGAUGCCUAGACUGCUCUCGUAUUCUCCAAAGUCGCUACGAUGGGCUAUUGCCUCCUUUCUGACGCUUGUCGUCAUACUGUACCUGCUCGCACACGACCAUUCGCUAGCUAACCAGACAUGGCUCCAAUUCACGUCUUCUUCCUCCUCCAAAAACUCGUUACAGACGUAUGACGACACAGUGAGCGAUACCCCCGAGCUCUGCAAGCGGCUCGAAAACUAUUACACUUGUUUGGGAACAAAGCCUCGUCGCGUCAACGGAUCUACCACUACAAUAAAGGGAAGCGCAUCUCCUUCCAAGCUGGAUGUUGUCUGGAUCUGGGCAAAUGGGAGCGAUCCUGUGUUCCAGGAGGCCAUUUACGACGCGCAGGUGGCCUCUCUAGGCGACACUAGCUCCACCUCCAGAGUCACACUCAGCAAGGGCGCAAAGCUCUAUCGGGAGCACGACGAGUUGAGGUACUCGCUACGCUCGGUUCUCCAGCACUUUUCUUCGCACGCAAACCAGUUCCAUGUACUCACAACGGAUGUCGGAAAUGCCGUCGGAGAGCGGUUCGGGAUUUUGCCCCAGUGGCUCACAUUCAACACCAGCGCUCCUGUAUCCUGGAAGGAUGGAAACGUGACUCUCAACAUUAUGCAUCAUUCUCAAGUAUUCGAAACCCUCGAUAACUCGACGUUCAAUAGUUUUUCUAUAGAAUCGCAGCUGCCGGGACUCACGACCGUAUCGGAACCAUUCAUAUACCUGAAUGACGACUUCUUUUUCGCAAGGGACAUGACCGCGACCGACUUCUACUCUUCGGUCUAUGGAAUCGUUCUCCGCCUUGAUCCGGGUUUAGUCGUAACCCCUGCAGAAUGGCCGACUGAUAACCCAUCUGGGGAAUGGCAACCGUUGAAAUAUACCAAUUGGCUCCUAAGCGAACGAUUCGGUAUACGACCGCGCCCCUACAUGGUGCAUGUGGCGAAAACGCUUUCGCCCGCGAUCCUCCAAGAGAUCAGCACCAUCUGGUCGGACGAGUUUGCAGACACGGCGUUUCAUCGCUUCCGUGGCCAACGCGACGUGUAUACGACGUUCUUACACGGACAUUAUCUCGUAGAACGAUGGAGGGAGAUUCUCCUUUGGAGCUGGGUCGUUGGCAAGCAUGGACGCGAUGAUGAUACUUGGGGCCCUACGGAACUCGAUGCAGCGUGGACAGAUCUCGGUGGUUCCGAGUCUUCAGACACCUUGCAUGUCUAUCUCAAGCCACGAAGUACUCUUGAAAAGGCGAGGGUCAAUAAAACGAUGGAGGAGGCGGGUGAGGUUCCCCCAGCUGCGACAUUUUAUCGUUUCUCGAGCCUGGAUGGCUAUCCUUAUGCGUACACCUACCGAAAGCCUAGAUACUUCCCUAUGAUCGGGCAAGGCGAGGAUCUCUACGAGAAUGGAUCACCACCAGACUGGAGCAAGGAAACUUGGGCCCGGUGUCGCAUGUCACGGAAUAGAUGCUUCCCCGCUGGGCUCAAGGCAUCUGAAAUCUUCAAACACGUCCUAUACACCCAACCAGAGCCCUGUGGAGAUUGCAUCAUUAGCGCAUUGUUGAAUGAGAGUGGAAAGCUCGGUCUCGAGGCGUUCUUGCCACCCCCUCACCGGAUUCACUAUUCGAGCACCAAAGGCCGCAUUGUCAAGGAUGUGGAUCCGGAUUCUAUCCCACGACUGCCGCUCACGAAACGACCGGGAGAUGCGUCGUUUAAACUCAAGGACGUGAUGCGAGAGUGGGAUACCGUGCGGGUACGAGACUGGGUCGUUCGUGCCAUGGGGCGUUAUCGCUUUGUGCUCGGGGAUACGCCUAGUCAUUUCGGGAUGCUUGCGAACCCAAGGGGCGCAAUCUAUACCUUUAAGAAGAUUGACAAGAUGAAGGACCUGGCCCUGUUGACGAUCAAUGAUGAUGUCAAAAUGAGAGCCGAAGAGGUUGACCAGCUCUUUCGCGAGUUUCUGGAGAAGCGAUGGAGGUAUCCUUCUGCAUGGGAGAAUGUUUCGAUGGGAGACAUUGACUGA